GCUUUUUCCUCUUGUGUUGUGUGAAUUUCUCAUAAAAUUUUGUCGAAGUUAAAACAUGUGUAGUGGUUUUUUGUGCGAAAUUGAUAAAAAAUUUCUCCAUUAAAUUAAUAUAUUUCAAAGUGUCGCACAGGUGUCGAACUUCUCGAAGAACAAUUCGUGCAAGUUGAUCGGUUCUAAAUAGAUGUGAUUUAGUUACUACAAUGGCAGCUGUCUUCGAUAUCGAAUUACACGAAGAAGACAAAACACAAGAAGAUUCCGAUGAAGAUAACACCAUCGACGUCGAAGAGGAAUGUUAUGAUACGAAUCCGAAUGUCAGCAGUUUGAAUAAUUUUCGUCACUCCAAAGACGUAGAAACGUUGCCGAUUCAAGAACACAAUACGCAUCGUCCUCGAGGCAAAACUGGCCCGAAUGAUUUUGAAUUGAGACGCGUCCUGGGCAAGGGAGGUUACGGAAAAGUAUUCCAAGUGCGCAAAUGCACCGGUAAUGAUUCAGGAACGUAUUUCGCCAUGAAGGUGCUUCACAAAGCAGCUAUAAUUCGUAACCAGAAAGACACCGCUCACACGAAAGCCGAAAGGAAUAUCCUGGAAGCGGUUAAACACCCGUUUAUCGUAGGCUUGUCUUACGCAUUUCAAACGGAUGGUAAAUUGUAUCUGAUUUUGGAGUAUCUUAGUGGCGGUGAAUUAUUCAUGCAUCUUGAAAGAGAAGGAAUAUUUUUGGAAGAUACUGCUUGCUUCUAUCUGGCGGAGAUUAUAUUGGCGUUACAACAUCUUCAUCGAUUGGGCAUCAUAUACCGAGAUCUGAAACCGGAGAAUAUCUUAUUGGAUGCGCAAGGUCACGUAAAACUAACCGAUUUUGGAUUAUGCAAGGAGCACAUUCAGGAAGGAAUCGUUACCCAUACGUUUUGCGGAACAAUCGAAUACAUGGCGCCGGAAAUAUUGACCAGAAGUGGACACGGUAAAGCUGUGGAUUGGUGGUCGUUGGGUGCGUUGAUGUACGAUAUGUUGACUGGAGCUCCUCCUUUCACGGCCGAUAACCGGAAGAAAACGAUAGAAAAAAUAUUAAAAGGACGAGUACUCUUGCCGCCUUAUCUUACGCCAGAUGCCAGAGAUCUAAUUAGAAAAUUACUAAAGAGACAAGUUAAUCAACGACUUGGAUCGGGUCCCGAAGACGGAGAUGCGAUCAGAAGGCAUCAUUUCUUUAAACAUAUUACCUGGUCGGAUGUAGUAGAUAGGAAAUUGGAACCGCCGUUUAAACCGAUCUUGCGUUCGGAAGACGAUGUAUCUCAGUUUGAUACGAAAUUCACUAGACAGACUCCAGUGGAUUCUCCGGAAGAGUCUAUUUUAAGCGAGAGCGCCAAUUUAAUUUUCAAGGGUUUCACCUACGUAGCACCUUCAAUCCUGGAAGAAAUGUACAGGCCACCAGCACCUAGAAUCAGUCGAGCUAGAUCGCCUCGUAAGAGCAGUUAUUGCUCCUCCAUGUCCGAGCUGGCAGCCGAGGCUCAAUUCCUAUCGCCCGGAUUCCGUACACCUUUCAACAUGCACAAGUUCGCCAACAACAACAACAACAACGGCGUCGUAGCCGACAUGGACGAUAUGAAUAUGGAAAUCACGACCGCAUUCGAGAACAAUUGCACCGUAGGAUCGGAUAAUUUAUAGCCCGUGAUCAAUCUAGCGUCACCGAUACCUUUGGUGACGACGAUGGUUCUAUUAAAAUAAUCGAAAGGAAUGAUAAACGUAUCUGCGUGUCUGCCAACAUCGACACCACUCUCGUACCCUUGCUCUCCUCAUAUUUCACCCGUGUUUAAUUUUUCUCUAAAUACCUAUCUAAUCGAUUUAUACCUAUACAUAUAGGAAUAUUCCCUGGUCUUAUAGUUAUUAAAAAAAAAAAAAGCAAACUUGGAAGGGAAACGAAUAUUUUUAUUUAUCUUUAAAACUAUCUCGUUAUAAAAAUGCUAUUUUAUUGAUAGGAUAAUUACCUAAUCGAGAACGAGUCGUUGUCUUAUGUUAGUUUGUAUGUCUCGAGAAGCGUGUGCGGAUGUGUGAAAAAAAAACUGCUUUAUUUUUUGGUGCUGAGGAUCAAUAUUUUUUUUUCAUUCAUUUUCUAUCUCGUUCUUUUAUGUAAUCGAAAAAAAAUGUGGGUUUUAUAUUAGAUUUAUUACGUGUUUACUGUUUAUUGAAAUUUAUUAUUUCUUUUUCUUAAUAUUAACGUUCGUAUGUCGUUUGCUGUACCUAAUAAGGUUAUAUAAUAUUUUUCGUUAUGGUUAUUUAAAAAAAAAAAAAAAAUAAGAAGAUACAUGUGAGAACAAUUCGAAUGAGAAAACAAAAAUCGCUCAAAUGCUAUACUAAUUCUACAAUAUACCCCUCUAUCGUUUGAACAUUUUUAUAUUUCGGUCGAGCUGCAUGGGUCGAGUGUGUUCGGGCCCAGGUUACUGCUUAACCUUAAAUUUAAAAAUGUUGUGCCUUAAAAACAAGUUUGAUUCGAUCAUUCAUGUUGUGAUUUAUCUAUUUUUUUUUCUAUCCAGUUUUUUUGUUGUUUUGUUUUGUUUCAUUCACGCGCGCAAAAAGAAAACAAAUUCAAAUGUUACGUGCUCCUUUCGUCGUUUUUUUUUCUCUCUGUUUAAUUUAGCUAAGUACGCAUACAUACAUAUACGAAGAUGUGAACAAAGAUGGUGCUGAGUUAUCUAGGCAGUUCGUAUCUUCUGUCUUCUUUUUUCUUAUUAUUGUUUUCUUUUUUUAUGAUUUUUGUUUAAUAUUUUUUUAAACCAAUCAUAAUACACGAAGUUACCGUUUUGCAAAAAAAAAAAAUUAAUAAUGAAAGGAAUUAGAUUUUUCUUUUUUUUAAUUUUAUUAAUUUUAUCGCGUUUUUCUCCAUUCGAUUUGUAAUGUGUGUUUCUUUUCUAUGUAUUUUUUUUUCUUUCCUGUUUAUUUACGUGUUUUUUUUUCUCUUUAUUUUUGUAUUAUGGAUCGGCGAAACACGACGUAAUAGUCGAGGGAAAAUUACAUUCCGAAUUUAGGUAUCGAUUUACCUAUUUAGAUUACGGGGAGAUGAUUCGUCCCUUCGACUGGUACGUCGGUUCGUGUGUUUUAUUUGUAUUCUUUUUUUUGGAUUUCUUACCGAGACGUUACGGUUUUGUCUUAUGUGAAUUUGUAUUUUGUGUCGGGACGAAGCUAAGGGUGGAAGUAGUCUCCUCCUUGAGAUGCUAAGUGAAAAAGUGAGUCGUUGCUGGAAGGAUUUCAGGGUCUUGGAAGGGUCGUGAAAUUUUUGUGCAGACGAUGAAAUGCUGAUGGGGGGGGGGGGGUGUGAUGUUGCCUAGAGAUAGGGGAAGGAGGGGGGCUCUAGAACUGGAUCUGGGCAUUCUGUUUGAAAUGGAAUUUAUGAAACUAAAUUUUGGAGUGAAAAGCGUUUUGAAAAUCGAUCAAUUUCAGAGAAACCGAAUCCGAAGUAUAAUUUGACCAUAUCCCCCUCCCCCUUCCCCUCCUUUAAAUUUUUAUAAAUCGUCAAAAAUUGCAUGAAAUUUAAGAAAAAAAUGUUUUCAAAUUAAUUUUGUUGAAAGUAGUUUUACUAUCAAUUUUUGUAAGUAUGUGUUUUGACCCUAAUUAGAUUAUUUUCUUUUAUCGUGCUUUCCAGGGGUACUUAAAACGAAGAAUUUUUUCAAAAUUUUCACAUAUUUGAGGAACUACGACGAAAUUGUUCUCAAAAUUCCAUCAAGAAAGCUACAGUAAUGCGGUUUUUCAUCGCUGUCUUCUGUUUUCAGGGGUUCCAAAAAUCUGGCUUCGGUAUUCGUAUUAAGCUAUAGUCGUAGUGUUAUUCGUGAUUUCGAACGCGUCGUAGAAGUAAUAGUAAGAAAAUUACGAGUUCGGCGGUUGUGGUGAGUUGAAGUUUGCUCUUUAAAUUUGAAUUUUGUCAAAAUUGAUUAUUUUUCGCAUUUUAUCGAUGAUGCGAAAAAGAAUUUGAGAAAAAGUGUGGUAGUGAUCUUGGAGGUGAAAAGAAUCAAAGUUGGGGUAAUUUUCAUGGAAUUUUUUGUCAUUUUUGAGAAUUUUAGGUGGGGUGGGGGGAUUUGUCUACUUCAAAUGGACAUGGGUACGAUCAGUUCAUUUUUUGAUCUUGGUCAUUUUCCCUCCUCCUUCAUUCACACUGUAAGAUUUGAAGAAGUUCGAUCAUUUUUUGUACUCGUAGAAUUCUGAAACCUGUUGGCCCCAAAGCCCCCCCCCCUCUUUGAUGCGUCUUUGGAAUUCAUAAUUUUGAAAAAUUCAGAUUCUGAAUCCCAUUUGACCUCGAAAUUGAAAGUAAACAUCCCACAGGGGGAUUUUGGACCCAGGAUUUUGAAAAAUGCAACAUGGUUGCGGCUUAAUCGUAGAAUUGAAUUUGAUUUUUCAAAAGGAGAGGGUGCUGGGGCUCAAAAUUUGAAAAAAGUGCGAUUGAUUUUGAUUUUGGGGUCAAACAGAUUUCAGAAUUUAAAUUACUUAGUGUAUUUAUUAACCUAUUUUUUUGAUACCCAUAUGCCAUUUUUUGAAAUUCCGAGCUCCAAUUUUACUCUUUGGGGACUCAGUUGUAGUUUUGAGAGUUGAAAGGGUUACAGAAUUGUAAUCAGUGCGCUUGAAAAGCUACAUUUUGAUACCCAAAUUGCAUUUUUCAACAUUUUGGCCCACAAGCUUCUGUGUGGGGCUCUGGGAGCUUCAAUUUAGAUAUUUAGACCAAAUUGAUAUUAGAAUCCAAGCCUUCAAAACCCCAGUUUUUGACACCCAAAUUGCAUUUUUCAAAAUUUUGGACCCCAAACUUCUCUCUUGGGCUCUGGGAGGGUCGAUUUUGUUUUUGGGACAAAUUACUUGUAAAAACUCAGAGCUUUCAAAAAUCUAUUUUUUACGCCGAAAUUGCACUUUUAAAAAUCUUGGGCCCCAAGCUCACCUCUUGGGCUCUAGGAGGCUCAAUUUCGAUUUUUGGACUAAAUUUAUAUGAGAAUCAGAGCCUUCAAAACCCCAUUUUUUGAUACCCAAAUUGCAUUUCUCAAAAUUUUGGACCCCAAGCUUCUCUCUUGGGCUCUGGGAGGCUCGAUUUUAUUUUUGAGACGAAUUAAAAAAAAUCAGAGCUUUCAAAACUCUAUUUUUUUUUUACGCCCUAAUUACAUUUUUCAAAAUUUUGGGCCUCCAGCUCCUCUCUUGGGCUCUAGGAGACUCAAUUUCGAUUUUUGGACCAAAUUGAUAUCACAAGCAGAGCCUUUAAAAACCUAUUUUUUGAUACCCAUAUUGCAUUUUUCAAAAUCUUUGGCCCCAAGCUUCCCUCUUGGGCUCUGGGCGGCUCGAUUUUAUUUUUGGAACGAAUUAAAAAAAAUAGAGCGUUCAAAAAUCUUUUUUUUACGCUAUAUUGCAUUUUUCAAAAUCUUGGGCCCCCAGCUCCCCUCUUGGACUCUAGGAGGCUCAAUUUCGAUUUUUGGACCAAAUUGAUAUCACAAUCAGAGCCUUUAAAACUCUAUUUUUUGAUACCCAAAUUGCAUUUUUCAAAAUCUUGGGCCCCAAGCUUCCCUCUUGGACUCUGGGAGCCUCAAAUUCGAUUUUUGAACCAAAUUGAUAUCAGAAUCAGACCCCUAUUUUUCGAUAUCCGUAUCACUAUUUUAAUCUGGCUCACGGUUUGGGGGGGAGGGGGAAGUCUUAGGGUAAAAUUAUUACACCUCUUCUUCCCCCUCCUCUCACCCUCAGAAAAUUUCUAGAAUGGUGAUAGAAAAGUAUCAUUUUGAAAAAUUAAGCUUUUAUUUUUUAAAAAUCUAUUUUGGUAGGAGGGAAUCCCCUCCCCCUCCUAUCUGCUCUCUUUCCUGCGAACAGAAGCGAUUUCUGAUCAGCAUGUUGGAUGAACAAAAAUUCACAAGUCAAUGCUUCCAAAGUCCCAGAAAAUGUUCUAUUUUGACGAAAUGAAGAAUUGAGGAUGUUUUGGAACCCCUGACCUUGAAAAAUUUCCUUUGUUGAUGAGUUGAAAAUGAAGAAUGCAAUUCGUAGGUACAUUAUGUAGUUUUUCGAAAUUUUGUAUCGGAAGUUUUUUUUCUCAUAUUUUUUACCACCUCCUACACCCCCCCCCCCAAUCAGCAUUUCUUCAAUAUGCGGGAAUUCUUUCAGCACGAUUCGUUCAAAAAUUAACGAGCCUAAAUACACCGUAUGAAGCGGAUUAUAGGUUAAUUUUUUCUUCUACGUGAGUCGUGACAGUGUUGAAAUUUUAUACUUAGAAAAUGAUGUUCGGGCUAUAAGAGAAAAGUGUUUUUAGAUUUACAUUAAGGUGUUGGGUUUGAUUGAUGGAAGAAAUGCAUAAAAUGGAAAAAUCGCUACAAUUUCCCGAUCGAAUUGUAACGUCUUCUUUAGCGUUAUUUUUAUACCUAAUUAAACGAUAAUUAGAUAUAGGUAAUAAGGAUUGAAUUUUGUCUAGAGGUAGUAUUCUAUACAAAAGCGACAUAAUGAACUGAAUUUCAUAUUAUAUAUUGACAUGAUUAAUUCACGUAAGGUGCGAUCUUGAUGUCGCGUCGUACCCUGCGUUAUUACGCCACAUCAACGACUUGCACAAUUUUUCGACUACAAUUUUUCCAUUUCUUAAGAUUUUCAACUAGGAUAAUUUUUCGUUUUCGCGUUCUUUAUUAAACAUUUCGACGAUAUUAUUACCUACCUAAUUAGGAUAAUUUUCAUUCUGGUUCUUUAAACGAGACAUUGCGUCGUUCGUUAUAAGAUACAAGAAUAAUAAGUAUCUAUGGUGUGUUCAACAAAACUGUAUUUUUUAUAACUUAAAGAAAUUUUAUUAUUAUUGUUUUUUUUUCUCGUUAUAACUAUACUGUAUAUCGAGGAGGAAAAUACUAUAUUUUAUAUUGUUUUUAAUGAUUAUGUUUAUUAUGUAAUUAUUAUCGCGCGAUAUAUGUAGUAGAAAGAGAAACAAACACAACCACGAUUUGAUUUUUUUUUUACAUAUUAGGUAUGUUAGAAUUUGUAAUAGCGACUAUGCUGCCGGUAUAAAUUACCACGAACGUUAUUUUGUUGUUUUGUUUACCGUCCUUCUUUUGUUUUGGCCUUUUUUUCUUUAGGUGCAGGUUUUGAAGGAUGGAUUAAUAUUAUUGUACUUCUUCUAACAUACCUGAUUGAUUUACAAACAUGUAUUGCUUUUUUUUUUACGCAUGUAGCGGAUUUUUUUUCUUAUGUAUUUUGGAUUAUUUACUACUAUUACUAAUUGCUAUUGUUGUUUUAAUAAUAAAACGUUAAAUUAA